CCCCUUUUCCCCUCAGUGACUCGUGCCUCCAGUGACCAAAGACUUGACCACUCAAAGUCCAGCUCCCUGUAACUGCUCGACAUGGACACCGGUGUGACUGAAGGUGGAUUAAAUGUCACUCUCACCAUCAGGCUACUUAUGCACGGAAAGGAAGUUGGCAGUAUCAUCGGAAAGAAAGGAGAAUCUGUUAAGAAGAUGCGGGAGGAGAGUGGUGCACGUAUCAACAUCUCAGAAGGGAAUUGUCCUAAGAGAAUUAUCACUUUGGCUGGACCGACUAAUGCCAUCUUCAAAGCCUUCGCUAUGAUCAUUGACAAACUGGAAGAGGACAUAAGCAGCUCUAUGACCAAUAGCACAGCUGCCCGUAGACCCCCGGUUACCUCACGGCUGGUGGUUCCUGCUAGUUAGUGUGGCUCUCUUAUUGGAAAAGGUGGUUGCAAGAUCAAGGAAAUAAGAGAGAGUACAGGGGCUCAGGUCCAGGUGGCAGGGGAUAUGCUCCCCAACUCUACUGAGCGAGCAAUCACUAUUGCUGGCAUUCCGCAAUCCAUCAUUGAGUGUGUCAAACAGAUCUGCGUGGUCAUGUUGGAGUCCCCCCUGAAGGGCGUGACCAUCCCGUACCGGCCCAAGCCCUCCAGUUCUCCAGUCAUCUUUGCAGGUGGUCAGGCCUAUACCAUUCAAGGACAGUAUGCCAUUCCACAGCCAGAUUUGACCAAGCUGCACCAGUUGGCAAUGCAACAGUCUCAUUUUCCCAUGACCCAUGGCAACACCGGAUUCAGUGGCAUUGAAUCCAGCUCUCCAGAGGUGAAAGGCUAUUGGGCAGGUUUGGAUGCAUCUGCUCAAACUACUUCUCAUGAACUCACCAUUCCAAACGGUUUGAUUGGCUGCAUAAUUGGGCGUCAGGGAGCCAAAAUCAAUGAGAUCCGUCAGAGGUCUGGGGCGCAGAUCAAAACUCCAAACCCAGUGGAAGGAUCUACUGAUCGGCAGGUUACCAUCACUGGAUCUGCUGCCAGCAUUAGUCUGGCUCAGUAUCUAAUCAAUGUCAGGCUUUCCUCGGAGACAGGUGGCAUGGGGAGCAGCUAGAACAGAGCAGAUUCAUCCAUAAUCCC